AUGCCGAAAAAGACGAAUUUUCUCGCAAGAGCGCAAAACCCAGCGGCUUCGCAGGCCCCCAAAGCUCAGACAGAGCGCAUGACUGUUUGGCGACAUGCAGACAGGCGUUCGGCUUCAAGGGCCCAGAGAGAGCCCAACGUCAAACCUCAUACAUUUGACUGGGAUUCCCAAGCGGGAACAAAGUCGACGUCCCUAGCACCUGCGAUUGGUCAAACAAAUGCCUCCCAGGAAGGUAUUAAAAGAGACAAUGCUCAGUCUGACUAUUUUCCAUUGGUCAGAUAUGGACAGCAAGCUAGCCCUUUCCAUCGUAUACCAAGAUCCUCCCGUGGUGCAUCUCACAGCUCACGUUCUGAUAUAUCUGAUAUAUAUUUUAAUAUGAUGUCGGACGGAAUGGGUGACCUAGGCACGGUCAUACCAUCUCCAUUGCCACAUGCAAACCCGCCGUUGCAAAGACACCGUCGGAUCACAUUACAUGGAAACCUUCCAUCAUAUCCUUCUUACGGCGGUCAGAACCUAGACACUGAACUAUCUCAUCACUCGCACUCGUUUGAUUAUUCACCGAUCCCGCAAACAAGACAGUCAGUGCAAAGACAACGUCGUAUCACAUUACACGGAGGCUCUACUUUACCUUUCUCCUCCAUCGACCCCAGCUUGCGUUCUCAGCCAUAUCAUUACCUACCUAACAAUGCAGACUCUGGCCAUCUGCUAGCGCCCUCUGAGUCACCUUUUGAAUUCUUUCCUUCAAUACCCUCGUUCCAGUCAUUCAGCCAAAUUAUGUACAGCUCGUCUGAGACUAGCCUUCCAUCUGCGCCGUCAACGACGUCGUUUCCAUCUGUCCCGCAAACCUCUGACGUUGACGUUUAUGACACCGCGCCUUAUCCCUUAGGCUUUUACUCUUUACACGACCCUUUGUCUACCACGGAGAUCCCCCAAUUCUGUGGAUCUACAUCUCCGAACGAAUCCAUGUCCAGUAGCAGUCCUUGGGGCAUUCCAGCUGGGUCUCUCGGCAUUCUGAGUAGCCACUCCUCUUCCUCCCUCGGAAACCCUUCGGAACAUGCUACGGGGGAACUGCUAAAUCAAACAGGUUACAGCGCUGAAUGUGAUCGGUUAUCCUUACUCGGCCCAUCUCGUCAUGUCCAUUCUCCAGGAAUAAAUCAAAUGCGUCACGACAUCUCACCUCACGUCGAAUCGCCUUUCAGUAGCAUCAGCUCUUAUUCGACAGACAAUCACACACCGUACCAACCACUAUUGAACUCUGACCUAUCAUCCAUCCUCCAGACUGAGCCAACUCCCAAUUACUCUUCACAGCUCGAAAAUGCUCUGCAGCUGGAAUUUAGUACGGCAACUCUGGACUUGUCGAGCGUCGACAUGUCGGGGACUGAACCACUUGACCCAGAAUUAUUGUUGAUGGACUUUUAUGUGCCCCAUGAUACCGAAGAGCCUUUCCGUCCUAAUCAUCUCUAG